UAUAGACUGGAAUUAUAAACAGCUGAUUACGGGGGAUAUAUCCCCUCUCUUAGCGCAGUGUAUCGCUCGGCGGCGCACGCGCAGCGCGUCUGGGUCAAAGCUUUUCGAUAAACGUGUAUUAAUAAUCGCAGUUAUCUAAAAAUAUUCAAAUAUGGAAAGAUUUUAUUUGAUUUUAGGUAUAUUAUGGUGUUCUACGCUGACAUCAUCAAUGCGUAUAGUGAAGCCACCGAUGAAAGAAAUGAACGAUGGUCGGCAGAUCCCCGCGCUAGCUCUGGGGACAUGGCUAGGAAAUAAUACCCAGGGCCGCGUGGAGCCGGGACAGAACGAAGUGGAGCACGCCGUGUCGUGGGCCAUCGACGCCGGCUACCGACACAUCGACACAGCAUACGCGUACCGGAUAGAGGACCAGGUCGGCAGAGCUGUCAACAGGAAGAUAGCAGAGGGAAUCAAGAGGAAAGAUCUGUUUAUAACCACGAAGCUAUGGAACGACGCUCACGCUAAGGAGACGGUGGUGCCGGCGCUGCGGCGCUCGCUCGCCAGCCUCGGGUUAGAGUACGUCGACCUGUAUCUUAUACACUGGCCUGUCGGGCAGUUUGGUAACGGCACAUACGACACGACAGACUACCUGGAGACCUGGCGCGGUAUGAUCGAAGCGAAGAGCCUCGGGCUGGCCAGGUCCAUCGGAGUCUCCAACUUCAACCAGCAACAGAUCGACAGACUCAUUGAGAAUGGGUUGGAGACUCCCGCUGUGUUGCAAGUUGAGAUCAACCUGAACCUUCAGCAACCAGCCCUCCUGCAGUACUGCGCUGAUAAGGACAUUGUGAUAAUGGGCUACACGCCCUUUGGCUCCCUGUUCUACAACAAGGCGAAGCCCGACGCUCCUCCACCGAGGAUUGACGACCCAGCCCUUGUGGAGAUCGCUGCUAAGUACAGGAAGACUGUGCCUCAAAUUGCUUUGAGAUAUUUGGUGGAGCUAGGAGUGAUUCCAAUCCCAAAAUCUUUGACAAAAUCCCGUAUUGAGCAAAAUAUAGACAUUUUCGACUUUGCCUUGGAGCUUGAAGAGCUGAGAAAACUCCAGACUUUUGAUAAGAACUACAGGACCAUCAAACAGGAGAAAUGGUUGGACAAUCCAUACUAUCCGUUCGAAAAGAAUUGACGUGCGAAUUAGUACACAAUUUUGUAUGAAAUAAAAAAUGAUAUUUUUUAUACUAAAA